AUGCGACAUAGUGAAGAGUUUCGGGACGGGACUGCCACGAACAGGAUCGUCUUGACUCUUGUCGAGGCAGUGGCCGGCUCGGCCAGUCGCAGAAGAGGCACCCGACCGGCUGCACCAGAACCGGUUAGGGAUUGGACCCGGUCACCGAGGCAAUACUCGACCCGACUCGAAAGUGGAAAUUCAAAUCGCUUUAUGUAUCACCAAACCCAUCUCGGCUUUCAGUCGCUUGUAGAUGGCUCCAAUAAGCUUGAAGCUGCUGCUCAACUCGAUCCAAGCUUGUACCACCCAAGUGGUUAUUGGAAGUGGGCGCUCUCGGAUCGGGUUACCGUUCGAGCGAUGUCCUACUUCCAAUCGAUGAUUCGAUCUUCGGGCCCCGCCAACCAAGAGCUUCGUUGA